GGUUGGGCUUGGUAGCCAAGAGAUUCCCCUCGACAUCAAUGCCUUGGCACCAGUUGCUCCCGACGGCGCUCCUCGGUCCUUCGUGGCGACGACCUCGGACAGGAAAGCCUUUUUGGUACCGUCUGAAGAUGAACAGACCACGGUGCGCGUUGGUGCCUUUGGCGGAGUUGCAUUGGUCGCUCCAUUCUACGACUUAGCUGCACCGGAUAGUGCGGCGGAAUGCUGGAAGGUCUCGGUAUUGCAGCCGAGCACGGACGCUACCCUCACGAAGUUCGAUGAGGAAGUCAAUGCAGUCCCGCAGCGUUUGCUACCCACCCGCCCCCUUCGCCGCCAGCGGUCAUGCGAGUAGCCCAGCGUCCGCCUCCCCUCGCGCUGCCCUCGUUGGCCGAGGUAUCGGAGGCACUCACCUCCAUGCAGCCAUCUGCUGUAUCUUCCGCGGUUUUACCACCUAUCGCAGCCACGUCCCCAACCUCGGCCACGAGCAUGCGGCCCCCUACCCCGUAUCCAGUCACUCACGCGAGCGAAGAAGCAUACGGCCUUGCGGUGAUGCGCGUGCAUAGUAUCUAUCCGCUGCGCUCGUACGUCCGCGUGUUGCUGACAAUGUUCGCAUGGAUAUGGCGCGUCGUCUUCCAACGAUUUGCCUUCCUCUGGCUAGGCGCCGGGGGCAUGCAGGUCUCCGAAAGCGGGAUGGAGAGCGACGAGGGCAGUAGCCCUCUCCAUAGCCCGGAACCCGAGGCGCAAGAAGACGAGCAGGCGAACGACGACGGAGAGAGCGCAGGCGAGGAUCAGGCGGCAGGCGAUGCCACCUCCGCAGGCACACUGACACCUACCGCCAUCGACGCAUCCGUUGCUAGUCCCAUCUUGCAGCCGGAACCCAAGGUGCCUCUCGCCAGUCCGAGGACGGUCAGGUCUCUGCCGGCCGUGCAGUACGAUGUCCCGCACCAUGACGGCAAAAUCACCCUGCUCGUCCAGGCUCCCGAAGAUGUCGCCUCAGUCUCCGAGCGCGUGAGGUUCGUUGUGAACGGCAAGCAUGUGUCCGAGCCCCGAAUCGUGGCGAGGCAUAACGGCCACCACCUCGUUCACCUCGAUGCGCCGAUUGGCUGCGCGAGCAAAUUGACGGUGGUGAUGGUCUAGAUUUCUGCGGACCGCAGUCGCACAUCCUAUUUAUUCCGUUUCUUUCCACGAUCUACUCGCUGCAGGAGUCGGGCUACUCUGACCAGCCCUCACAUUUCUCGUUUGCCAUGUUUGUACGAAAAGCCGUCUGCUGUAUCACUCGAGAGUGUAUCAGUGGUUUGAUACUGUAUCACGACCUGUGUUCUUUCAUAGCUUUGUAGAACCACGAUUGCAAUGUAUCUCAUGAGCCACCUUCUGCUUUGAUGAGGCGAUGUCCCCUUGUCAUAAGUAUCAGGAGUCUUCCAGACGUUUGAAACG